CUGAUCUCUACACCUAGAUUGUAUAUGGAGGCAGUGUAAUACAAUUCUUCACCUUCUCCUGGCAUUUUGGAUACAAAGGGUCAAGGUAUGUCCACUCCGGCUUCCCAGGGGGUUCUACGGCCUGUUCUGAUUGGCUUUUUUUUAAUGCUGUGCUUCGUGGGCAUAUUCUUCAUUUACUACAAACCCCAGAUCCAGUUCCUCUCAUGCCCUACUGACCAGGCAUCCCACGAGGGGAAGGCUGGUUGUCCUGCUUGCCCUCAAGUCUGUAGGGCAGGGAACAACACAGGGCAGAAUACACACCAUGCCCAGACAGCCAUUCAGGCCGAUGAUGACGGAGACACAGACACAGAUACUAUCAUUUUGAUCUGGAUGUGGCCAUUUGGUCACGCCUUUGACAUAGACUCCUGUGCCUACUUUAACAUCAAAGGCUGUCACCUAACAGUAGAUAAAAACCUUUACAGCAAGGCGCACGGUGUCAUCUUCCACCAUAGAGACAUCCAUGGAGACCUGAAGAACAUGCCCCAAGAGCAACGGCCAUGGUUCCAGAAAUGGGUGUGGUGGAAUGCAGAAUCACCAGCUAACACAAACAGGAUUCCUGGUGUUGACAACUUGUUCAAUUUGACUGCAAGUUAUCGACUGGAUUCUGACAUUAAGGUUCCUUAUGGGUCGCUUGUCGAGGUAACCAGUGAGGAUAAGAGCUUUGAGCUGCCCAAGAAGGACAAAUUAGUCUGCUGGGUAGUGAGCAACUGGAACCCAAACUACAAGAGGGUACAGGUGUUCAACGAGCUCAGUAGGCAUGUCAAAGUAGAGGCCUAUGGGCGACAUUUUAGUAGAUACCUAGAAAACGAAGACUACUCAAAGACUCUGUCCAGCUGUAAAUUCUACCUGGCAUUUGAAAACUCCAUCUACAAAGACUAUGCUACAGAGAAGCUGUUCAACGCUAUGAAGUUGGGAGCAGUGCCCAUUGUUCUAGGUCCAUCCAGGGACAACUACGAGCAAUUUAUCCCAAGGGAUUAUUUCAUCCAUGUGAAUGACUUCUCCUCUACAGAGGAGCUGGCAAAGCAGCUUCUCUUUCUCGACCAGAAUAAUGAAGAAUACAUGAGGUACUUCAACUGGCGAAAUAACUUUAAAGUCCAGGGAUGGUGGUUUGGACUUGAGCAUGCCUGUCGCUCAUGUGAUUACAUUCGAAAAAAUAAAGAAUACAGAACUUUUCAUAAUCUGAAUAAAUGGUUUUGGGGCUAAGUGACUCAUUUGUAGUGGGGCAUUUCCAUGUGCAAGGACCCAUAAGCACCAACAUGUGAAGUUCAAUCAAUCAAAUGUAUUA